GAGCGUCUGCCCCGCGCGUCUAAAGAAAGGAAGACGAGGCUGGUCGCCAACGUUGCUCGCCAACGUGUGCGUGCGUUGCGUCGCCUCGACCGGCUUCUUCUCUUUUCUCUUCUUUUCUCGUUCUUUUGUUUUGUUUUGGUGAGUUUUGUCUCGAGGACGACGAGGAAGGAGGAGCGGAGGGGAGGGCGUCGGGAGCGCAGCAGCUCGACAGCGCUGAUUGAUGGACUGAUGGAUUGGUGGAUUGAUUGAUUGCCGUCUGGCCGUCACGAGCUUAUCUUGUGAUCGCGUUCGGAUCUUCGCCGUCCUCGCCGGCCCAUGGAAAGAGGGGACGAAUUUGCCCGUGCUCCUAGUCCUUCUUCGUCCUGCGACUGAUUGAUUUCCUCUCGCCCUCACUCGCUCGGUGAUUUCCGUGUCGUGGCGAUAGAGCGCGCCCGAACGAGCUCUUCCGAUAAAGAGCGCGAGUGGUCCCGACCCCGACUCGAGCCCUGCUGGACACCACUGGGACAGGAGGACGAGGAGCAGGAGCAGGAGGAGGUUUGGGUUGAAUACUAGGGUCAGGAGAUCGUGGAGCUGUGGAGGUGUAGAGGGCAUCUGAUUAGGGAGGAUUUGGGUGAGAAUUUUGCGCGAAUGGAGUGAGCCUAGGGUCGUCUAUCCUUUGAAGUGGGAGCAGACAUGGCGGCCCUUGUGGGCUGUGUUGGGGGUGGUGAUAGAUUUGCUACCGCUGCCGUGUGGAAGCAUCCGAGGCCGAGGCCUUCGCAAUUCAAUCUCAGUCAUGAUCCUUUCGGGCGACAUAGUUGUCGAUUUCUCGGAAUUUGUGCUCCCUCGCUGGAACAUUCUGUGGUCAGUAAGAGGUCAGUAGACGUUCGGGUAGCUGCGGAUUUUUCUGACUCCAAACCCGAUGCUUCUAAUAAGCGUCGCGGAAAAUGGGGGUACCACCCACUUGAAGAACUCUCCAAGUUGGAGAAAGAAGAAAUAGAUCAAGCUGGUGAUGGGAAACUGACAGAUGCAGAGGUCGCCCGGACUAUUUCAGAGGUAAAUUGGAGUGCAGUCGUUUUCUCUUCAGUUGUUUCGGAUGAAGAUGCCGUGUUUGGAACAGAAGUGCAAUUCUUAAUAGAUGAUCAAGGAGAUUUCUACUUCGAGGUAGAAGACGAAAAUGAGUUUUUGCACAACCUUUCUUCGGAACAAGUAUACACGGUUUUGAUUGGAUAUGGUAAUGUGGAUGGUCUACAUUUUUCUGAGUUAAUUGAAGGAGUUUUAGGUGGAGAGGACGAUGACGACAGUGACUCAGACGACGAGUCUAUUGAACUCGAUAGUGAAGACAUCGAGAUUUUCUGGGAGGCCGUGGAGGAUAUAGAGGCUAUGAUUGAAGACUCGACGCCUGAAGAGUCUUUCAGCUCUUUAGGUGGCUGGGGUGGUUACCAAACUCUGGAUGAAGUUCAUCCUAUGGAGUUUGCUUACAAAGUCUCUGAGGCUGUUACCGCUGAUUACGCAUCGGAUCUAGGCAAGCCUGCAAGGCGCCUCACCAUCACUGGUGUUGCUCGUCCUGUCACCGAGGAUGAAGAACCAUAUGUACAAGGAAUAUGGUAUGAUCGAUUUCUCAUGGCUGAUGAUGACAGUGAUGACGAUGGGGAUGAAAGCGGGGACGAUGAUGAUACUGAGGUGGACGGAGGAGAUGAAGGACAAAAUCACGAAGGUGACGAUGUAGGGUCAACGAGUUCACAAGCUGCUCGAAGUGGUCGCCAGGAUGGUGGGAGAACGAACAGAUUAAAGGCUGGAGGGACGGAAGGCACACAUAAUGGGAUAAUCUUUGGCAAGUCCUUAAAUGGUAGUGCCAAACUUUCCACUUCCGGGGAUCUUAAGAAAAGGACUGAUCCUCUUGUUCUUGCUGAAAACGUGUGGCAGAAUAUUGUGACGGAUGGUGCUGAGAGGUCAAUGAAUGACGGACCUUUGAUUGAGGUUGGGAAUAGUGCUGGCAAUCCAGCAGAGAACUUAGGUGCGCGUAAGGAUGUCAAUAGGGAAGGACUUGAGAGUCAAGAGGGAGCUAUAAUUUCGUGGGAACCUCCUGCAAAUAAGGAUAAAAACAAGCAAUUAGGUUCAAUAUUUGAGAGUUCUGAAGUGUUGGAUGAAAAUUUGGAAGUAGAGUAUUCCACAGAAAUUGUUUUGCCACCUGGCACUACCAUUGAAGGUGAUGCCAUUGUGGGGGAGUGGUCAGAGAGGACCAAGUCACCAGGCGGAGGAACAACCUUCUACAAGCUGGAAAUUCUCAGCAUUCGGCUGGACCGGGGUACUGGUGGCCAGUCAAACAUCGAAGUUCGUGAUUUCGCCUUUGCCGAACCAGAUGUCCUGGCACAUUUUUCUACAGCCAUCAUGGAGAAAAUAAAUUCUGGUGGGAGCAAGGUAGAAACGGCGCUGAAGGCACUGGUCCUGCGAUGUAAAGGUCUUGAAGCCGAGGAAGUAUCGCUUGUCGGCAUUGACUGUCUUGGGGUAGACCUCCGAGUUCAGUGUGGAAUUGAAGUACAGACGAUACGAGUACCGUUCAGCCGGCGGGCAACAUGUGAAGAUUCGGCUGAGAAAUUUCUUGAUCAGCUACUUUUUCCACGACUGGGACAAAGACGACCCAGAAAGAAGGGCCAACAAUGGAAUCCCCAGUGAUGGAUAUCAUGCCUAGAGAAUAGUCGAGAAUAAAGCCUCAUUCAAAUGAUUGAUUGUGCUUCCUCAACUGUAAUUAUAGAUAUUUAGGACAGGCGUUUGCUUCAUGGUUAUGGAGCGGCGUGCGAUUUAUCAUUGUCUUCAACCUUUUGUUCAGUUGCUUCAGCUGGAGGAUGAGAGGAAGUUUUCAAAGAUUGUAGAAUACCGUAUUGAGGUUUUGUUGCAAGAGAGAGUUGACAAAUGUACGAACCAGACACAGAGCAAGUCCUCCAAUGAGCCAGUUUUGUUGUCCUUUCAGUUAGAGUUUAGGGUCCUGUGAUUCUACCCAUCACAGGUUUUCGUCUGUACAUCUUAGUGGAAGCGGAGGUCCUUGUCACAACGUAGUCCAGUCUUACUUACUGACGCGCAUUCGAGUCUGCAGCGUAUCACCUUCUUUGUCUCGCCAAUUCCGCCACCAAUGUGGCUUUCCGCUUCGUCAGGUCAUAAGGCAGUGGUCACAUGACGAUAGGAAGGUUUAGGAGGCAGACGCAGUAAACCGUCAUCGCCUCAUGUUCUUGAGAGCGUGUCUUGCAUGCCCGGUACACCCGACCAAAAUCUCAUCGGUCAAAGAUGACAAACUCCUUGGCCUUUCCGCCAGUAGCCAAUCUCGAUUUUUGUGAAUAAGGGUGUUGAGGCGGCUACGGAAUCGCGGAUUUCGUUGUUGUUUUGUGGCAUAUUUGUGUCAGUGUGGGCUUGAUGUUUCCUGGGAUUGAAGUGAAGUUGCUUGUAUGUGGUCACCCAGCAUUUGUCCGAAGAUAAUAUAGAAACCACAUUCGUACCUAAACCGCAGGAAACUACAUCCAAUGAAAUUUAAACACGUUCCCGGUCUAUCAUCAUAUUGAAGAAUUCUAGGGAUGAAGUCACACGACACACAUGAGAACUGAACACGUGAGUUGAAAACUCACGUUUGGUUUGCGGACUGGAGGGUGUUCAGCCUGUACGGAGCUCAACUACCUCGGAGUGCAAGUCAUCCCCUGGCACAGGCUUGUCACGAGGUUGCUGUGAUAAAGUGUUCGGAAGUAAAGGCGCAACUUACUUGCGACAGUGGUGCGGAAGCUGGGUCGGCGUAAGUAAGCUGCUCAUGAAUGAUGACGGAUGAAAUUGAUCAUUUCGCCUGUACUGCACGUGAGGACAUCGACUUGAAUAUCACAGCUACUGUGACCCUCUCAAAGACAGCCGUUUUUGAGGUUGGAACGUGAGUCUUGUGACAUGGACGCAGAGAUUAGUAUUGAUCAUGAAUGAAUGUAGAUACAGUAGUCCUAAGUAACAGAAAUGAGUCAUGAAGAUUUUGACACUGCAUCUUUGCUAAGUUCACAGGUUGGUAUGUAUUACAUCUCUCCGUAAAUUCAAUACAUCUUUGUCAUUCACUUUCACUAACUUAUCAACGAGAAUUUUAAUGAA